AAUGAUAAUGGAUGAUCCGAAGGGGCCUGGGCAGUCGCUGUCAAUCUGCGAAACAGUCACGUAACCAACCAUCAUAUAAAUAUCUUUACAAACUGAAAGUGCGUCGAACACCUCCAAAUAUACGUUUAUCGAGUAAAGAUAUUGUAUUUUAAACGGAGUUAAUAAAUUUUUGCGUAGUUUUUACUGUAAACUUUGCCCCCUUUAAAUAUCAAUCAGUGGUGAUAAAAUUAUGACGAUGUUGCGAGUGGUUGAGCGUCCGAGAAAGAACUGUAUAAGAAUUUCAUCAUAGACAUGGUUAUGUGCAGUGUUUUUUGUGGUUUCAUGUAACUUUGCGUGAUUUCGUGCAACUUUUUGUGAUUUUUAUGAAACUUUUUGUGACUGUUCAACCUUUUGAGGAUAUGCUUCAUAGUGGAUCGUAAAACAAGAUACCAGAGUGUUAAGUUCACAAGUAAUUUGUUCAAGUAGGGUGGCCAGAGGAUGCCUAAGAACAUGACCUAGUGCCUCAUGAGCGCGGCACUCCCCUACUCGCCGACCUGACGAAUACAGAAUCACGUACAACAAGAUGGUGCCACGUUGGUUAUUGGCCUGCUGCGUGGUGCUGCUCGCGAGGCCGGCGCACCCGCAGGGCGCGCAGCAGUGCCCUCCGCAAAACACCAUCACCCCCUGCAGCUGUACCGUCAAGAAGAACGGCCUCGACAUCCUCUGCGAGUUCACCGAACAGCAGCAUAUACAGAAAGCUAUGAACACCCUCCGAUCUAAGCCCAUGAUCAUAUUCUAUCUGAAGCUACGACAUAACAAUCUAGCAAAAUUGCCUUCGUACAUAUUCCUGAGUUUGGACAUCCGCCAUCUUACCGUACACAACAGUAGCUUGGCAGUUAUAGAGGAUUCUUCACUUAGUUCUAUCGGUAACAAGCUGACUCAACUAGACGUGUCUCAAAACAACCUGGCGACGAUCCCGACUUCGUCCUUCACGCAUCUUAAUCACCUGCUUAUACUGAACAUGAAUCACAAUAAGGUAACGGCGAUACACAACAGGGCUUUUCUCGGUCUGGACACUUUGGAGAUUCUAACUUUGUACGAAAAUAGAAUAUCGGUCGUAGACGGCGAAGCUUUUAAGGGCCUGGAAAAAAAACUAAAGCGCUUGAACCUCGGUGGGAACGAGUUAACAGCAGUGCCACAAAAGGCUCUUGCUUUGCUCGAGAAUUUGAAGAAGCUUGAGAUGCAGGAAAACCGCAUUUCCACUAUUACCGAGGGGGAUUUUGCUGGUUUAAGGAACUUGGAUUCCUUGGGACUGGCGCACAAUCAGUUACGAGAGGUACCAGCUAAUGUGUUCUCUCACUUGAUAUUCCUCAACUCUCUGGAACUCGAAGGCAACCAAAUUCAACGGAUCGAUGAGAAAGCCUUUGCUGGAUUAGAAGAAAACCUGCAGUAUCUUCGACUCGGUGAUAAUCGUCUUCACGAAAUACCUUCAGAGGCACUGCGUCCAUUGCAUCGUUUACGUCAUUUGGAUCUUCGUUCCAAUAACAUCACCUACAUAAGCGAGGAUGCUUUCACGGGCUACGGAGAUUCAAUCACAUUUCUGAAUAUGCAAAAGAACAUGAUUCAUCAGCUGCCUACGAUGGGUUUCGACAACCUCAACUCUUUGGAGACGCUCAACCUCCAGAACAAUAAGCUGCAACACAUUCCCGAGGAGAUCAUGGAACCGAUACUUGACACGCUUCGAGUGGUUGACAUAAUGGAUAACCCGUUGAUUUGCGAUUGUGAUCUGGCGUGGUACGAAUUCUGGCUGGCCGGUCUGCGCGACCGCGACGACGAGAUGAUGCAAAAGAAACGGACCAUUUGCACCAUGGUAAGCGAGCACCGGGAAUACAGUGUGGCCAAAAUGCCACUUGAGAAAAUGAACUGCUUAAGGAAACCGGGGUACGGGAGACCCAGCAGCGCAACAAAUACAUGUCCAAUUUUAGCAACAAACGUUGCCAUCGCUGUCAUCGCUAGGUUAUUUUAGAAUAAUUUGUUAACCCUUUCAGUUACCCUGUUAAGUUAAAUGAAGGGUCCCCCUCGAGCUAGCUGUGGCCGGAUGGCUCGGUGCCGGACCCUUCGUAAAUUUUAAAUUCUGUUCAAAACGAAGUGAUGAAUUUGUGCAAUAAAAAUACGAUACAUAUCAAUUUUUGGCUGAUAACAAAAUUAGUAGUAUUUUGGAAUGGCGACUUGUGAUAAGUAAGGAUUUUAUAAAGGCGUGAAUUAGUGUGAUACACUAUGUAUUUUUAAAAUUAGAAGACCUUUACAGUAGGUAUGCCUUACUUUAGAGUAAUACCAGCCAAGUUGUAGGUGAAGACUUUGACAAUUAGUUCGAUGAAAAUUUAGAGGUUUGAAUAAACUAUCUUUAACUUUAAAAAAAUUUAACGUCUCUAACGUUUUUGACACCACUAAUGAGCUAAAAAAUUGAAUUGCAAUAAAAUAAAUUGAUUUUUCGAAUCUCAUCUAAUAUUUUAAAUGGAAACUUUAAUAUUUUUUAUCAUUUACCCAGCCUUUUCUAUGUUAACUCUCGUAUUAUGGUGUAUUACUAAGCUUUUGCGCAUUUACCAUGUUGACUAUUCAAUAUUUAUCUAUACUUGUAAGUAUACGGGGCUCCUAUGUUUAUCAAAUACAUAUUUAAAUUAAAUUUUAAAGUUAUCACUUUUUGAAUUUUCCAAAUGUUUCCUUGAAAUAAUUCUACCUCUCGUUUAUUAUGGUUAUUGUGUUAACUUAUUUAGAUUAUAAAAUGAAUGUUAUUUAUUAGAGCCCCUAAAUGUUCGAUGUAGAAUAGUUAUAAAUAGUUAAGUGUUAGCUAUAUUGUCGAUAUAAAUUUUAUGCAGUUGAUGCGUUCUUUAGCAUAAUAAAAUUAAUUUAUAUUUAUUUCAUUGUAUGGGCUCGACUAUUUUAGUGAUAAGAAUGUCAUAAAAUUGCGUUGCUUGAAAAGUGGACAAAUAAACUUUGAAUGCAUGGUCGAGCUGUAUUAUAAGUUUUAAAGAUUUUUUUAUUUAAUAUUUUUGAUAAGUAUACCUACAUUAAUUUUUAAGUUAUCUCACUAGGAGACUUUGUAUUCUGUUCCUUGGUCUAUUUCGUUAAGCUUUAAUGAUUAUUAUGUUAUAUUUUGUGUAGGUAGAUUUUACUAAUAAACAUGUAACUAGUGAAGUAAUAAAUGUGACUUUAAACCACAUACGCUAAAAUAUUCUGUUGCAAUUAUUUUAUUAGGUUUUAUUUCAUUGCAUUUGGCCGGACAUUUUUAUUUAGUUUCUAAAAGCGCUUUCCUGACAUUUUUCCUUACAAACUUUGAAAGUGGUUGCUGCAUUAUUACUAAAAUUUGUUGAAAAUGCAAUACUUUAUUUGAGGUUUAAAUAUGAAUGUUAGAAUAUAAAAUUUAAACCUGAAGUAAAAAUAAUUAAUUCACAUCUAGUAGAAAACGGUUCUUACAUUUCUAUUACCGGUUCUUAUAUUUUGGAUAAACAACAAUAGGUAAAAUAUUGUGCACUAAUUAUUAUACUCCAAAAUUUGUAUGGGAAAAAUAUCAGGUAUUAAAAUAUUUCAAUAUUAAUAUUUAUGAGGUGCAUGUAUGUAUGAUAUUACACUGACAUUAAGUGAACUCGUGAAAUCAUGAACUUAUUUAGGUGAUAAAUAUGUAACCAAAAACAUAUCCCUUAGUCUGAAUUACAUAAGUAAAUAUAAGUGUAUUCAUUACGAGUAUGUAUACAAAUGUUGCGAAUGAAAUUGAAGCUUUCAAUGUGAUAAAUUCCUUUGAUAACUUUUGGUAUGAACAUAUUUUUGGGACGUACCAGAAUUUAUGAAAUCAUUAUAAUGUACCUAUUUCCCUUUUCAGACCUUUCUAAUGUUUUAAAAUAUAACGUAAUGUAACAUUUUCGAUGAAAAUGUUUAACGCGUGUAGGACGCGAGAUUGAAUACCUAUUUUGUAUUCUUUUUACACGCGUUUAUACAUUUUAUAAAAAUAUAAAUAUCUAUAAAUAUAUAUUGGUGUUUAUUGAAAUUUAUAGAUGUUAUUUAUUCACUUAAAUAUAUCACUUAGAUAUAAGUAAUAGAUGUUGCACAAAAUUAAAAUACAUUUUAUCUAAAACCAAAUAUGCACCUAUUGAUGUAUUACCAUAUUAUAAUAUUUAUAUUAUUAUCACGUUUGUAUAAUGGUCAGAGUCAAAAAACCUGAUUAAUUAAGGGUACACUAUGCCGUCUUUAUCAAUGGUAUAGUUUUAAAAGAUAAUAUUUACCUAUAAGACAUAAAAAAUCGAUAGUAUAAAAUAUUUUGUCUGUGUAGCAGUCUUUGGCACUUAAGCUGAUGGGAGUCAAAACGCAAGAAGAUACAAAUAUAAUUUUUAUAGUGAUCAAUACAUUUUUUGAAAAAUAGAAAUGUUACAGUGGUGUUAUUCGUAAGUAUAUAAACAAUUAAAAAUUUUAUGUGCAAAAUCUUUGAAACGAAAAUUGAAUAUAAUAUUAUAAUAAUCAUUAUACAGAUACGUAAAUAGUGAAAGUAAGUGGCACGCAUUUUAUGUCAUUAUUAAACUUGGCACUAACUGUACCUACUUUCAUUAUUUUCACUAAUAUUUGUAUUAUUAGGUCCUGGAGUAAAAUCUAUUACAGGUAAUUUCAUCGCGUUUUGACUUCUGCUAAAAUUUUAAUGUUUUACUAUCUAAAUAAAGUAAAAGUAAAGUAAUAUAUUGAUAUUUAGUAUAAAAUAUCUGACGCAAGUUUAAUAUACAAUUUAAGUAUAAUUAAUCUUAUACAGAUUUUGAAGGAACCAACAUCAAACAUAUCGGCGAAACUGGGGCAAGUAACAUGUAUCUAAUGAGGCAUCACUUACCCUACUAAAAAGCAUAUCAAUUUAAUAAUAAGGCAUUAAUCAUUACAAUAUUAUAAUUGUUGUAUAAUAAUAAUAAUUAUUAUUGUUCACGUAUUAACUGUUAAUCGUUGUCAUGUGUCCCUUGAGCUUGAGAGAUUCGCAGUGUUUAUAGUAAAUAUAUUCAUGUACCUUUGAUGAAAAAUAUUUCAUGGCAAGUAUCAAAUUCAAUGUGUGUUAUGAGAGUGACUAUAAUUUCGGUAGCAAUAAUUUUGUAUGACCGCGUGAUUAAUAUUUUAAUGAUAAUUACAUAUUAGAGCCAAGGCAGACAACUGCUUUUUAUCCAAGACCGUUUUAAUUUCGCCAACGGAUGUCGGUAUAAACGGCAUUUUAUUCCUGCUCAUAUAUUAUUAUAAAAUGUCGUCUCCUUUCACUCGCAUAAUAUCUUUCUCUCUCUCAAAUUCCAACGAGCUAGCGAGAGUUGGUACUAUUUUCAAAAAUUUUUGUACGACCGUAAAAUAGCAAAGGUCUUGUGCUCUCAUUUCGCCUUUUCGAAUUUUGUCGGACCGGCUUUUCUCGUUCGUCUGAGAUAGGCGUUAGUAACUUAUUUCUUUAUUAUUGUUGUAAUUGAAAAUGUCAAAAAAUAACGUGUUCAUAUAAGUUUAUAGUCACAUUUAUUAUUAUGUAACGUAUUUCUAAUAUUGAAAUUUCGCUGUAAAGAUGUAUCAAAUUUUGAUUUUAAUAAAAAUUUAAAUAUGACUAA